AUGAAGUCGUUUUCAAGCUCUGCGAUUAAUAAGUCGAACAAGAAGUUCGCCCCCAAGGCACCCCAGCGCCGUGGCGCACCUGCUCCCUCUGCGCCUACAAGAAGGCCCAGCGCAGCCCAGCAAGCCCAGGCUCAAGCAGCUGCCCAGGCUCUACAUCAUGAGAAGGAGGCCACGGAUUCUGUUGCUAUACCCUCGGCAUCCUCUGCGGAGCCUGAGCAGUUAGAAGCCAACGAGUCCGCACUUAUUCAAGCGCCCGACUCUGGACAGGCAACGCCAAUUUCCUCGAAGAAAGCCACUUCUAUUCCGAUCCCUCAGUCCAAGCGCAAAGCAUCUGUAUCUAGACCGGGUAUCCAGCCGUCGACUGCACCCACCGUCUCUUUUACUCCGACUCCCGAAGCCCCGCCGUCCCCACGCACCGCUCCCAUUGAGUCUGAACUCCUCCCCUCGAUAGAACAUGAUGCUCCACAGGCAGCAGCAGAUGAAUCUAUCACCGAGGUGUCACAGUCUGCACAACACUUCGAUGUAUCCGAUCAAGGCCCCUCCCCGAGACAAUCGAUCUCAGAAACUCAAGAUACAUCGUCAGCGCCCGUCAAGGAUCGAUCUCUCAAGUGGGCGAAAAAAACAUCCGAUAUCACCAGAACACGCGGAAAGGGACCUGUACAUACAGUUCCCCCCAUAUCACAGCCUGUACCCUCCUCGACAGGAGGAACGCCAGGAGAUUCGGUUGGUCUCUCUACACCAGAGGCAAGCCAAGUUCUCGGUAAAGGGAAAAAGCGAAAGACUUCUAAGGCUAGUUCCACGGAGGCCGGGGAGAAAAAAUCAAAGAAAGUUCGUCGCUGGCGGCGUGAAGCAACCCCCGAAGGAGCCGAGACCGUGGAAAUUUUGCCAAAUGUGAUCAAGAUGUCGGAACUGUGCAAAGACUUGAAGACCGGUAGAAAGUCCAAGCGGGAGACCGAACUGCGCAAGAUCGAACUAGCUGAAUACGAGGCCAAGCUCAAGGCUCAGGACGAAGGUACAGUCGGGACGCCAAAGAAGCCAAAUGAUGCACCAGUUGAGAAGACGGAUCCUCUGGCCGAACACAAACCCCAGUCGGGUCCCGUCAUGCGCAUUGUGAAUGGAGAAAUUGUGCUGGAUGCUGCGUCGUUGGAAGUUGAUCGUCAUGCUGAUGCUGCUCGAGCUGCGGGCGACCUCGAAGAUGUGGUCGAAAAUCAGCUUACCCGUAAAGUCAAUCAGGCCACUUAUGGCAAACGUUCUAAAGCCGAGUCAUGGGACGAAGAAAUGACUGAACUGUUCUAUCGCGGGCUGCGCAUGUUCGGCACCGAUUUCAUGGUCAUCAGCAAGCUUUUCCCUGGCCGUUCACGCCGACAGAUCAAACUCAAGUUCAACAAUGAGGAGCGUCGUGAUCCUCAACGAAUCAAGGAUACACUCAUGGGGCCGCGCGAAACUAUUGACAUCGAAACUUAUUCUGAAAUGACUAAUCAGGUCUUUGAUGACCCCAAAGUCAUUCAGCGGGAACUCGAUGAUGAGAAGAAGCGUAUCGAGGAACAACAUGAGCAGGAAAAGAAGUUGCAGGAGGAAAUGAUCCGCAAUCCAACCGGUACUGGCGCUGAAGGUGAUGCCGCAAGUGACGACAAAGCCAAUGGCAUUCCCAGCAAGAGCAAAGCACGGAACAGCAGAAAACAGAGUAUGAAAAAUGCGGGCGGGGGAACCGAGGAAGUUCUUGGUUCUAUCGAUGAAAUUCCUCUGGCUGCUUAA